UGUUUGGCUAAUGAUUAAACCCCUGUUGUGCACACAGCCAUUGAAUGUGCUUGAGACAGAAGAAUGGACAAAACAAGUUUAUUGGCGGAGGAUGUUUCUUUUCUGCACGAGUUAUUUAUUAUUGCCAUUCGCUGUCUUGUUGGCUCGAAAUUUUGCUUUCCGGUUUAGUUACCCUGAAAAAGAUUCACUGAACGCAGGUUGUGAUCUCCAGUAUUGUUGCCCAUCAUGGCAGGAGGCAUCACAGAGACCGGGGAGCUCUACUCCCCGUAUGUGGGCUUGGUGUACAUGUUUAAUCUGAUCGUGGGCACGGGGGCACUGACGAUGCCCAAGGCCUUUGCCCAAGCAGGUUGGGCGGUCAGCCUGGCGCUCAUCUCCUUCCUGGCGUUUAUGAGUUACAUGACCACUACGUUUGUGAUCGAGGCCAUGGCAGCGGCCAACGCUCAGCUGUGCUGGAAGAGGAGGGAGCAGGAAGAGGUCCAAGACAGCGACUCCACCUCUGAUUAUUCGGAUGAUGAUAUCCGGGGACGAUCAGAGCCAGAGAUGAGGCCCAUUUUGUCAGGCCAGCGAACAGGAGGAGGACACGUUGAUCACUUUGACAUUGUGGAGAGGGUAGAGAUGGGUCAAAUGGCCUCCAUGUUCUUCAACAAAGUUGGUGUCAACAUGUUCUACAUCUGCAUGGUAGUCUACCUGUAUGGAGACCUGGCCAUCUAUGCUGCUGCUGUGCCCAUAUCACUAAUGGAAGUAGCCUGUGGUAACCACUCAUGCAGUGCUGGCAGUGUGAAAUACGACGACACCGACUUGUGCUGGGGGCCUGUCACCAGGAAAGACGCCUACAAGGUGUUUCUGAGCAUCUUCACUGUGAUGUUGGGCCCUUUCGUCUUCUUCGAUGCUCAGAAGACUAAAUACCUCCAGAUCCUCACCUCACUCAUGCGCUGGAUCGCGUUCACCAUGAUGAUUAUCCUGGCUCUGAUACGUAUUGGUAAAGGCCGGGGCGAAGGCCACCCCCGUAUGGCCCAGAUCUCUGGGGUUCCAAACCUGUUUGGAGUGUGUGUCUACUCCUUCAUGUGCCAGCACUCCCUGCCCUCCCUGGUGACGCCCAUCUCUGAUAAGAGGCGUGUGGGUACCCUGGUGGUGUGUGACUAUGUCCUCAUCCUUGGCUUCUACGGCCUGCUCUCCUUCACAGCCAUCUUCUGCUUCGACAGCUCGCUGCUACACGACAUGUACACCCUCAACUUCACUGACAACUGUGACGUGUUGGACAUCCCCGCUUUGCGCUACUUCCUGGGCCUCUUCCCCGUCUUCACCAUCAGCACCAACUUUCCCAUCAUUGCAGUCACGCUGCGCAACAACUGGAAGACCCUCUUCCACCGCGACGGGGGCACCUACCCCUGGGUGGUUGACCGCAUCGUCUUCCCCCUCAUCACCCUGGUUCCGCCCAUCAUUGUGGCCUUCUGCACCCACAACCUGGAGUCCCUGGUGGGCAUCACGGGCGCCUACGCUGGCACGGGCAUCCAGUACGUCAUCCCCGCCCUACUGGUGUACUACGGACGGCGCCACCUGGUGCCUAUGCUGGGCACGGACGAGGUCAACAAGCACCGGUCCCCGUUCCGCCACACCUUCUGGGUGUGGUUCGUAGUGGUGUGGGCUACCUUCUGCCUCAUGUUUGUCACAGCCAACAUCAUCCUGGAGGACACCAAGAAAUGAGGACACGGACUGACUGUGAAAGACCGGUUUCUCUGUGUGGGUGUCUUGUAUUUCUACAUUCUCUCUACCUGAGGCCUUCCAGAACUUGGUACAGGUCGGACGGUGUGCCUUUUUAUGCUGCUCUUGUAGCAUGGGAAACCCUUUUAAUUACAGCGGUAAUCAGCAGCCGAAACCAUUAUAAAGUGUCCUCCCCACCCCGGUUUCAGUACAAAGGAUGGGACUGGAGAAAUGUAACCAUUAUAAAGUGUCCUCCCCACCCCGGUUUCAGUACAAAGGAUGGGACUGGAGAAAUGUAACCAUUAUAAAGUGUCCUCCCCACCCCGGUUUCAGUACAAAGGAUGGGACUGGAGAAAUGUAACCAUUAUAAAGUGUCCUCCCCACCCCUGUGUCAGUAAAAAGCUUGAGGAUGGGACUGGAGAAAUGUAACCAUUAUCAAAUUCAUAGACCGAGCUAUGCAUGCAAGGACUAGCCAUCCAUGAUAUCAAAAUUAUAGUUUUAACAAUGUUUUAAAGCUAUAUAGUGUUUAUUUACAUUUACUUUGUUUACAAACAGUCCCUGUUUCGGUAAAAAGGUUGGGGCUGGAGAUGUAAACCAUUAUCAAAUUCAUAGAUCAAGCUAUGCAUACAAGGACCAGCCUUCCAUGAUUUCACAAUUAUAAUUUUAAACAUGUUUUUAGGCUAUAUAGUGUUUAUUUACAUUUACUUUGUUUACAACAUUGGAGUACAACAAGCUUAUAUUAUAGGUACUGAUCAGUUUUGAGAGUUGAACUAAGCGGAUGAGGCAUUUAUAAGUUAUAUUCUUCAAGAAUCAAUGAGCACAUACAUUUAUUAAUUAUAUCAACUGCAGAUCACCCCUUUUAAGAGUAAUCUAUACCAUUUGUGGAAAGGGACCAAAUAUCUCGUGAUUGUAUGAAAGCUGCUACCGUAUGUAGGAACACAAGGAAGAGGACCUUGUUCACUCUGUUCCAGUGUCCCUCUGUAGAAAAAUACAAGCUGAACAAUCGGACUCUAUUAGCAAGGCAUUGCACUUCACAACAGCACUGUUUUUAAGCAUAUACAAAGAGCUGGUCAACUUGUUUCCAAAUGCUUCAUUUUAAAUCCAAAAUAACUGAAGGAAGGAUAGAGCAGGGAGGUGUCAGUGUUCCUCUGGACCUUCAGAAACAGUGUUGCGGCUAAAGACAGAAUAUGCUGAAACUAUGGAUAGAGCAAUAGAACCUGACAACUAACUCAACGCUCCUGUUCCUAAUGGCAAUGCAGAGAGACUUUAAUGUGGCUUUAAAAUGAACUUGGGAUGGUGAAGAAAGCAAGCUAAAUGAAUCUGUUAUAAUCAGUAUAUUAUGGCUGGCAUUUCUACAUUCCUCACUGGUGGCUCUGCCUUAGUUCUCCUCGUCUUCCCUGUGAACAAUGAACCUUUGUCCAUGACAGAUCCCUGACUGAUGGGCAUGAUGACAGAGCUCCGUCUCUCGUCAUCAGGAGACCGAUCUUGAGUUCAAACUCUGUAUACAAACCACCCUCAUGUUUUACUGUUCACCACCAAAUCAUCAGCCCUUCAUCAACUCCAUGUCAGCACCCGACUGCUCUCUGUUGAACUUUGACCCCAGAAAGUUGUCAAUGGACACAGGAAGGUUUAUGUUGGCUACAUCACCAGGAGCCAACUCGUACAGUGCCUACUGUGCCACACAAAGACACCUCUACAGUAGUCCCAGUAUAUCUCUUUUUGCAAUCACUGUUGGUUAAGGUCUUGUAAGUAAGCAUUUCACGGUAAAGUCUACACUUGUUGUAUUCGGCGCAUAUGGCAAAUAAAGUUGGAUUUGAUUUUAACCAUCUGUCUCGUGCUCGCUCGUAACGAGAACUUUUCAGCUGGCUGAUUUGUCGUCAGCUCUUUACUUGAGGUUUUAUUACAGUUUCCUGGUAGCUCAGUUUGAUCGACUAAUUAGAUUUUACUUCCAGACAUGUGGGAACAUCCUCUUCGCCCCGAGCUCUGCUCAUGCUAAUGUCCACGUUAUAUGCUUCUGCCUCCUCAUUGUCAUGUCCUCUGGUUCUAUAUAUCUAUAUAUAUCUCUGCUCUAUAGAAUAUAUAUUAUGUCCCAUUAUUGUCAUCAAGUUUGGAGCCCAACUACAGGAGUCAUACCUUUGUGAAACAGUAUUGUUGUUGGGGAAUGUAAAUCAUGUUUUGUGGUGUAGGGUUCCAUAUUACAUGGUCACAUUUAGAAUAGUGGUUCUUUUACUAUGUAAGUGCUAAAGUAAUAGCUCAAAUGUAUCGUUAGCUGCCUGUCAUGAGCAUUCACCUGGUCAAAAAGGGAAAUACUUACUGCCAUUCAUCGUUUGCACCUGCAACAUUGCACAAGUUUGCACAUAAUUGCCUUGGGUUUGACCUUUUGUGUGUUUUACAUAGACUUUUGCAAAUGGUUUGAAGAUGUUGUAAGGGUUGAUAACUAUGGUAUUUAUCUAACAGUCUUCAAUGGUAUUCUUAACCCAUCAAUAUAUACAGCUUGACAAUUUAAAAUGCGUUAGACUAAUAGUCAUGCAUUGUAGCAUAUUGAUGGCAGUACAGUAUUGUUGAGGACUAUUGAAUGAGAGACCUCUGCAUGUUGUUGGUAUUGUGUGUGUUAGGACAGAAAAAGACUGCUGACUAUUUCUGUAACACUGCUUCUCUCAAUAUUGGGUGCCUUUCUUCAAUCUUGUGUUCCUUCUGGUAAUUAUUGUUAACAUUACAUUUCUGCAUGCAGCUCCUUCCAAAAUUCAGUAGUCAGUGGUUCCUUUAAGGCUUCCAGAUUGUGGUGGAUAGUUACUCCUCUUCUUAUUUUUCCUCAUCUUCUUUUCAAUACAAAUGUGCAAUAUGCUUUGAACUGGGUUGGGGAAGUAAGAUUUCAAGCGAAUAUUGACUGUUUCUGUUUGUCUGUGUGUGUGUUCUUCUGUGUCAGUGUAUGUGUCACUUUGAAAAGAUUUUAAAUGCGUAUGUCUGACUCUUAUUUGGAGUUGUGAAAUGUGCCUUUUUCCCGGGGUUAUUGUUUCCAUUCAUUUGUUGACUGUUGUUUUUCCUGGCACGUCUUUGUUUUAAGCAGCCUGUCAGAUAAGAUCUGCAUGUAAGCCAGUUAAUUUAACUGACAACCAAUGUCUCCUCAAAAUAAACUGGGAUAUCCUUGUCUUCUAAA